GUAUGGGAAACUCGAAGAGGUGAGCUAUUUUUUUUUUUUUGUAAUCGACGCCAUGGGAGGGAUUUGCACGAGGAGUUCCACUGUAGAUAAUGCUCCCAGUAGAAGUCCCCCUCAUGCCAAUGGUCAUCUUAUUGAGCAUGGACCUCGUAUGGCUUAUCAGUCCCGUGAGUUAUUGUUGAAGGAGGAUAAUAAUUUCACUCCCUCAACUAGUGGGGAAGGCGUGGAUAAACAGUUACGAGAAUUUUCAUUUCCGGAACCGACGGUCAAUCCUUAUCCUUAUGAGAGCAAUCAAGAUGAUAUAAUUGAUGAUGGGAUACCACGGUUAUCCAGGGCUAUGUCACAGAAAUGUAGAUCAACCAAGUCCAAGGCAAAGGUUUCAGAAGUGGGCUCACUUUUGGGUAGAGCUGGUACCGUCGGGCUUGGCAAGGCAGUUGAGGUCUUGGACACACUUGGAAGUAGUAUGACAAGUUUGAAUCCAAGCAGUGGAUUUGUAUCAGGGGUGGCAACCAAGGGAAAUAAAAUCUCAAUUUUGUCUUUUGAGGUUGCAAACACAAUUGUUAAAGGUGCCAAUCUUAUGCAAUCACUUUCGAAGGAAAACAUAAGACAUCUGAAAGAAGUGAUACUUCCUUCAGAAGGUGUUCAAAAUUUAGUAUCAAAAGAUAUGGAAGAACUCCUAAGGAUUGCUGCUGCUGACAAAAGGGAAGAAUUAAAAGUUUUUUCAGGGGAAGUUGUCCGUUUUGGAAACCGAUGUAAAGAUCCUCAGUGGCACAAUCUGGACCGUUAUUUUGAGAAGCGGGGUUCAGAACUUGCAUCACAAAAAAAGCAAUUGAAAGUAGAAGCAGAAGCAGUGAUGCAGCAACUGAUGGCCUUGGUUCAGUAUACAGUUGAAUUAUACCAUGAGUUGCAUGCCUUGGACAGAUUUGAACAAGAUUACCGGCGUAAACUUCAGGAGGAGGAUAAUGCAAAUGCUGUUCAAAGAGGAGACAGCCUUGCGAUUUUGAGACAAGAAUUGAAGAGCCAAAGGAAACAUGUAAGGAGUCUGAAGAAAAAAUCACUAUGGUCCAAGAUCCUGGAAGAGGUGAUGGAGAAGCUUGUAGACAUUGUUCACUUCUUACAUCUAGAAAUCCAUGAUGCCUUCGGUGGUGCUGAUGGUGAUAAACCAGUGAAAGGAUCUCAGACUAAUAAUCAAAGAUUGGGUUCUGCUGGGCUUGCUUUGCAUUAUGCAAAUAUCAUCACCCAGAUUGAUACACUUGUUUCCCGUUCAAGUUCUGUGCCUCCAAAUACCAGGGAUUCAUUAUACCAAGGACUGCCACCUAGUGUAAAAUUGGCCUUACGCUCCAAAUUACAGUCAUUUCAGGUUAAAGAAGAGCUCACUGUUCCUCAAAUCAAAGCUGAGAUGGAGAAAACUUUGCAGUGGCUUGUUCCAAUUGCUGCUAAUACAACGAAGGCCCAUCAUGGUUUUGGUUGGGUUGGUGAGUGGGCAAAUACAGGGUCGGAGGUUAACCGGAAGCCAGCUGGACAAACCGACUUAAUUCGGAUCGAGACACUUCACCAUGCUGAUAAGGAGAAGACCGAAGCUCAUAUACUUGAAUUGGUAGUGUUGCUUCAUCAUCUCAUCAGCCAAUCAAGGUUUGGCCCCAAUUACAGCAUAAGGUCUCCCAUUAAAUCCCCGGUUCGCUCCCCCACGCAGAAAACAAUUCCACUGCCCACACACAAGCCCAAUUCUCCAUCACCUGUCCUUACAGUUGAAGAUCAGGAGAUGCUGCGGGAUGUCAAUAAAAGGAAACUGACACCAGGGAUAAGUAAGAGCCAAGAAUUUGAUACUGUAAAAACCAGAUUGAGCAAGCACAAUAGGUUAAGUAAGAGUAGCAAUCACUCACCAACGAGCGGGAACAAGAAAGAAUCCUUCCCCAUUAGGAGGCCAUCUACCCUUCCUGUGUUUGAUUUUGACAUUGACAGGAUCAAGGCUUUGGAUGUCAUUGACAGAGUGGAUACACUAAAAAGUUUGUAAUCUGUUGAUGUUCAUGGAACAGAUGGGAUUAGUGAAAUGGUUGCUCUUGUAUGUGUGGAAGCAUGUAUGCAGACUGUAUGAUCCCAUCUUCUGGUUUGAUCGGCACAUCUGAGCCCAUAAGUGAUGUGGGAACAGAUUGAGGAUUACAAGAUCGUACGUGUUCAUUCUUGGGGGCACACACAGAGAUAGAGAAGUUAUGUAAGAUAACUAGGACUCUAGGAGACCUUGCAUGAGGAGAAUAUAUAAUUCCAUGAUGGUGAGAGAUCUGGUGAGUUGUAUUGUACAAGGGGUUUUAAUUGUUGCACUGAUCAGUGGAUUCUGAAACAGUAGGUUCAUCAUCUGUACAGAAAUUGUGAUAAUUUUCAUAAUAAUUCAAUUUCACGAUUUUGUUU